GUGUUAACCGGGAAUAUCUGAUAUGCACCGAAUUAUUUCCGGUUCAAACAUGGUACACCGAAGAAUUGCAAUACGUCAACCUAAACCAAUUUCGCCCGGUUCAAUUUAGACCUUCCUCAAUUUCAAAGGCGGAGCCAUUUUUUUUAGUUUUUUUUAUCGCUUCAAUUCGCCGGCGACGACGAGACGACGAUGAUCCGAUCACGAAGUGUAUUGUUGAUAUUGAGGAAGGUGUAUCAACCAUCAUGUUUUAAAUGUGUAUGUGCAAACUCGUUCUCUUCUACUUCAGCUUCGUCAAGCUUAGGUUUUCGAGCGACGAACAAGGAGUUAAACCAGAUGAUAAGAUCGGGUUACAUCGCCGAAGCUAGAGAGAUUUUCGAGAAAUUGAAGGCGAGGAACACGGUGACAUGGAACACGAUGAUAAGCGGGUAUGUGAAAAGGCGGGAAAUGAAUAAAGCACGGAAACUGUUCGACGAAAUGCCUAAGAGAGAUGUUGUGACUUGGAACGCGAUGAUUUCGGGUUACGUUUCAUGUGGUGGGGUUGGGUUUCUUGAGGAAGCAAGGAAGCUGUUCGAUGAAAUGCCUACAAGGGAUUCUUUUUCUUGGAACACGAUGAUUAGUGGUUAUGCCAAGAAUAGGAGAGUAAGUGAAGCUUUCUUGUUAUUUGAGAAAAUGCCUGAGAGAAAUGGUGUGUCUUGGAGUGCUAUGAUCACUGGGUUUUGUCACAACGGUGAAGUGAAUCGCGCGGUUGAGUUGUUUCGGAGAAUGCCUGAGAAGGAUUCGUCUUCUUUAUGUGCACUUGUGGCUGGUCUUAUUAAAAACGAGAGACUUGAAGAAGCUGCUUUGGUUUUGAGUCAAUAUGGGAGUGUAGAUUCAGGAAAGGAAGAUUUGGUUUAUGCUUAUAAUACUUUGAUUGUUGGAUAUGGGCAGAGAGGACAAGUAGAAGCAGCUCGACGUCUGUUUGAUCAGUUUCCUGAUGAUGAUCAUCAUCAUGGAGGUGAGUUUAGAGACAGAUUCCGUAGAAAUGUUGUAUCUUGGAACUCCAUGAUCAAAGCUUACUUGAAAGUAGGUGAUGUGGUCNAGACUAGAUACCAUGUAAACGUUAAGAAUGUACUACCGCCAGAACCGCCACCGGCUCCACCUCCGCCUCCACCACCACCGCCACCUCCAACUUCUACGCCUCCGAGACAGUCGGCACGUCCAUUCCCAUUCCCGUUUCCAUUCGCAUCUCCGUUGCCGUUCGCUCUAUCGUUGGUUCCGUUGUCCGUACCACCUUCAACGGUAGCUCCUCCGCCACCACCUCCACCCCCACCAGCGGCACAAUUAGGCUCAACUUCUAAUAAAUGUUUGUCCAUGAAUUUGANCAUGAUGGUCUCGGGUUAUGCUAGUGUUGGCAACGUAGAGCUCGCUCGUCAUUACUUUGAAAAAACGCCGGAGAAAACUACAGUAUCGUGGAACACUAUUAUAGCAGCUUACGAGAAAAACAAGGACUACAAAGAAGCUGUUGAUGUGUUUAUCCGGAUGAACAUUGAAGGAGAGAAGCCUGACCCACAUACUCUAACUUCUCUUCUCAGUGUAUCAACCGGGCUUGUGAAUCUACGCUUGGGGAUGCAGAUGCACCAAAUCGUUUUGACGACUGUGAUCCCUGACGUGCCUGUCCACAAUGCGCUUAUCACUAUGUAUUCGAGAUGCGGCGAGUUAAUGGAGUCGAGGAGAAUCUUCGAUGACAUGAAACUCAAAAGAGAAGUAAUCACAUGGAAUGCAAUGAUUGGAGGGUAUGCUUUCCAUGGUAAUGCCUCAGAGGCCUUGAAUCUGUUCUGGUUGAUGAAAUGCAAAAGGAUACAUCCUUCUCACAUAACAUUCGUCUCGGUUCUGAAUGCUUGUGCUCACGCGGGACUUGUUGAUGAGGCUAAAGCACAGUUUGUGUCUAUGAUGAGUGAGUACGAUAUCGAGCCGCAGAUGGAACAUUACUCUUCCCUGGUCAAUGUAAUCAGUGGACAAGGGCAGUUUGAAGAGGCCAUGGAUGUGCUAAGAAGUAUGCCUUUUGAGCCAGACAAGACGGUGUGGGGUGCAUUAUUAGAUGCAUGUAGGAUUUAUAACAAUGUAGCACUCGCACAUGUUGCAGCUGAAGCAAUGUCGAGAUUCGAACCAGAGAGCUCAACACCUUAUGUACUGUUGUACAACAUGUAUGCGGACAUGGGACUGUGGGACGAAGCUUCUCAAGUGAGAAUGAAGAUGGAAAGUAAAAGAAUUAAAAAGGAAAGAGGAUCAAGUUGGGUUUGACUCCUCUACAUAAAAAAAAAAAAAGAAGCUUUCUUGUAUGUUCGCAAUAACAUAUAAUAAUGAUAGGGAUUCAGAAUUGAGAUAGAAACUGAUAAGGUACUCUUGAUGGUUCUCUAUUUUCUCAUUACUUUUUCAUCAAAUUGCACUAAUUUAAUAGUGAUUACAAUGUCAAUUUCG